CGCUGUGGGGCGCUGCGCAGGGUACCGGCGGCCGCCCGUCCGCCCCCUCCCUUCCUACCCGCAGCUGUCGCCGCGCACCGUGCCCAGCAGCCCGGAGCGGCUCGCCCCGCUCUGCCCCACCGCCCCGAGGCACUUGCGCAGCUCGUCUGGUCCCGCCGCAGCCAUGUCCAAGCCACCGCCCAAGCCCGCCAAGCCAGGACAGGUUAAAGUAUUCAGGGCCCUAUAUACAUUUGAGCCCAGAACGCCAGAUGAACUGUACUUUGAAGAAGGUGAUAUCAUUUACAUCUCAGACAUGAGUGAUACGAAUUGGUGGAAAGGAACUUGCAAAGGGAGAACUGGAUUAAUUCCAAGCAACUAUGUGGCAGAACAAGCUGAGUCUAUUGAUAACCCCCUGCAUGAAGCUGCCAAGAGAGGCAACCUAAGCUGGCUGAGAGAGUGUUUGGAUAACCGAGUUGGGGUCAAUGGCUUAGACAAAGCUGGAAAUACAGCUCUCUAUUGGGCAUGCCAUGGAGGCCACAAAGAUAUAGUGGAUGUUUUGUUUACCCAAGCAAACCUAGAGCUGAACCAGCAGAACAAAUUGGGAGACACAGCUUUGCAUGCUGCUGCAUGGAAAGGUUAUGCUGAUAUUGUAGAGAUGCUGCUGGCAAAGGGGGCAAGAACAGAUCUGAAGAACAAUGAGAAGAAACUGGCUUUAGACAUGGCAACCAAUGCAGCUUGUGCUUCACUUCUUAAGAAGAAACAGACUGCAGGUACAGCCCGAACAUUAAGUAAUGCAGAGGAAUACCUUGAUGAUGAAGAUUCUGAUUAGCUUUCUUCAUUCAGCCUAGAGAACUACAACUUCUGUUCUUGUUUCAUUCCCAAAGCGUAUCUUUACAGCUGUAAAAUUAUCUUACUUAGAGUAUUGCAGUCUUCCAAUUUAGCAUAUAAAUGAGAACAAAAUAAUGCUUUCCAAAGUAAUAAGCUUCAUGCAUAUCAGAAGGUGCCACAUUUUAGAUCAGAGUUCCUUUGGAAUUAUCUGACAGGGGAUGUGUGGCAUAGCCUUACCUCGCUUAUCUGUUGAAUGGACAGAGGAACAGUCUUCAAAAUGCACAGUUCUCAUCUCAGACCUUCCCAGCAAGUGCCUUGCAUCUCUGGAAUAAUACUCUUCAAACUUAAAAUUUCCUCUGGGACAGCAGAACACCCGUGCUAACAUUCCCCAAAGCUUCUGCAGGAGUAGGUUCCUUUGUGCAGAUAAAACAGGGUCUGUCAGGCAUGAAUGGAGUUGCUGCUGUAGAGAGUGACCAUAUUCAGGUCACUGGUUGGAGAAGGUUGGACUCGAUCUCUAGAGGUCCCUUCCAACCUCUACAAUUCUGUGAUUCUGCCCAAAUGGAGCCAGCAAGACAGCAUACAAUUUUAUAAGUUUGAGUAUUUUUAUUUUUUUUUCCUGUCCCUCUAAAUAUAAGGGGUAGGAAGAUCAAGAUCUGCUCCUGGAUGCUCUUUCUUUUGUACUGUUAUGGGCCCUAUUCCUGAAAUGUAAACUCAGGUGUAAUAAUUGCUUAAGUCAGUUUUGCUUGAGAAAUACACUUAAUUUUCAACUUAGUGACAUGACUGUUGUGCUUUUUUGAAGUGUAUUUUGUUGAAACUGUUUGUAAUGAAAGGAAGACUGAAUAUUUUUCUAUUUAUCCUGCCUACAAUUUGUUUACUGAUCUCUUGCUUUUAUUUUUUAAGUGUCCUUAUAUAUUGUCCUAAAUUACCUCAAAGCUUAAGUGUUUUUGAAGGAAUGAGGGAAGAUGUAUAUUGAAUAUACUACAGGUAUCUUCCUGAGAGGUAUCUGAAUAAACUUUUUUUAAAAGUAUGGUUUCUUCCUGUGAAUUAAAGAUGGCUAAGAUUGAGCCACUUCCAAGUUUUUCUAUAGAAUUUAAUAAAUACUAAUUUAAGAUUGUUCAAAAAAGCUGCAGCCAAAGGCUGCACCAUACUGAGGGGUAUUUCUUUGCCCUGAUGGGAAGGGAGUGUGGCAUGUAUUUGUAAUACAGCCUAGCUUUGAAAAUUUGUUGCUAACUUCCCUGUUAGCAGCUUUGACAAAUUCAUUCCAAGACCACAGAGUCUUUGUCACUUUGAGGCAACAACAAAAGGAGUGAAAGAUGGGGGAUAAAAGAAAGUCACUGUAUUUUAGAUUUUAAAAGUAGUCUAAAGCACUGUAAUUUUAAUUACAGUUCUAAGAUAUAUUGAAGCAGAUAUUCAUAUUAUUAUCCUAGAAAGAAAAAAAUACAGGUAAGGGUUUUCAAAUGAACACAUGCCAAAGAAAGCUGCAUUAGACUGAGCUGCAUUAGACUUACAGAACACUGUAAGGCUGAGACAUUGUUCAAAUAGUGAUCUAUGAAUAGUUACCUCUGCAGAAGAGUUGAAGCAUUUCAGUUCUAAACUGUUGAAGUGUUAAAACGUGUUCCAGCCAUGUGAAAUACUCUGGUCCAACUGAGAAACAUUUUUUCAUGAACUUGGAACUGAAAAUUCAAGAGGGGAAGGAGAAAAAGCUGCCAAGCUUUCCUCUCUCAACUUUCAUUAGAAUAAUGAUUGAGCGGGUCUCAAUAGGCAGAAAUUGUCCUGCUUCACAUUUUAUCAUCUGGUAAUUUUUGCUAGCACAUUUGCAGCACAUUCAGGCCUCCUGUUUGGCUGGAUGCUGUUGAUUGACAUACAGUGGCACAAUGCAAGCAGCGACAUGUAAAAAGAGGGAGGAGAAGGAAGAAGUUUCCUGUGUCUGUAAAAUGUGUCUUCUUUCUCCGUAAAUUAAGCUCACAAGGUUAAAAUUCCUGUGUCAUGGAGAGGGUGGCAUUUUAUGUUUUCUUUGACUUUUCAUCCUGAAAGUUAAAUGUGGGAUUUGAUGUAAAGUGUGUUAUACUCAUGUCUUUAGAUUUAACUACUGCCAGAAGACUGGCUUGUUCACAUGCAGGAAUAUCUGGGUGCUGCAGGGGAAGGCUAAUGUCAGAAAUACAAGGUUGAUCUGCCCAAAUGCUGCCUUUGUAAAGUCCUUACUGGAGUGUCCUGAGGGAGAGACAGGUCCAAAGGCAGUUAAUGCUGUAACACUUUUCUUCAACUAAAGUUCCUGCUAAUUUUUUUAGAACUUCAUUUUUUCUCAUGCAACUGUCUGCUCAUCUUGUGAAAUAAACCUCACUGUGAAAA